AUGGUGUCAGCUGCAGAAAAGCAAAACCAAACCUACAACACAGAAUUCAUCCUCCUGGGAUUUGGCGAUUUACCUGAUCUUCAGGUUCCUCUUUUCCUGCUCUUCCUGGUGAUCUACGUGGUGACGAUGAUGGGGAACAUUCUCAUCCUCGCGUUGGUGGUGGCUGAUCAGCAUCUUCACACCCCAAUGUACUUCUUCCUCAGUAACUUGUCCUGCUUGGAGAUGUGCAGCAGCUCCACCAUCCUGCCCAAGCUGCUGGCCAGCUUCCUGACAGGCGACAGGACGAUUUCCUACAGCAGCUGCCUCACACAGUUCUUCGUAUUUGCUUUUCUAGUUGGGGUAGAGUGUUACCUCCUGGCCGUGAUGUCUUACGAUCGAUAUUUGGCGGUAUGCAAACCUUUACGUUACGCCACACUGAUGAAUCCCAAACUUUGCAUAGCGCUGGCUGCAGGCUCCUGGGUAAGUGGUUUUGUGAUCAGCUUUGUUAUCACACUCUUGAUGUCACACAUGCUGUUCUGUGACCGCCGAGAGAUUGACCAUUUCUUCUGUGAUUUUGCCCCUGUGACAAAAUGCUCCUGCAGCGACACAUUCCUGAUAGAAGCUGUAACAUCUCUGAUGUCUGCUCUGUGUACUAUGCUGCCUUUUCUUUUCACCGUAGCAUCCUAUGUUUUAAUCAUCAUCACCGUCUUGAGAAUUGUUUCAGCUACGGGGAGGCAAAAGGCAUUUUCCACGUGCUCCACACACCUCGUUGUGGUUGCUAUUUUCUAUUCAGUUCUCAUCCUUGUCUAUAUGCUACCAAAAACUUACAACCUUGCAGCUUUUAACAAGUUUUUCUCUGUCUUCUACACUGUGGUGACACCCAUGGUGAAUCCCCUUAUCUACACCUUGAGGAACAAAGAAGUCAGACGAGCCCUGGAGAAACAAGUCCAGGCAUUUAUGGUUUUAUACAAAUGACAUAUCAAGAGCUCUGCUUCGUAGGUAUUUUUGGGAGGGUCAGACUAUAAAAACAUAAACCA